GGGAGUGGGUAGGGAGGAGUGAGGGACUAGGCAGUGCGCAGGGAGCAGCAAAGGGUGCUGAGUAAGAGGAGGGCGCCGCUGGGGCCGGAGGAGGCGGUUCUUCCCGGCGUCUCUCGGGGCUCGGUGUGUGCGGGGCCGGGGCACGAUGGCCUCCAUGGCUGCGGCGAUCGCCGCCUCCCGCACCGCGGUGCUGAACGGGAACCGGCCGCUGGACGAGCGGGAGCGCAAGCGCUUCAGCUACUUCUCCUCGCUGAGCCCCAUGGCGCGGAAGAUCAUGGCGGAGAAGGAGCGGAUCCGCGAGCGCUACGGGCCCGACUGGGAGCGGCUGCCGCCCCGCCAGCAGGACGAGAUCAUCGACAAGUGCCUGGUGGAGCCGCACGUCCAGGCCCGCUACGCGGCGCAUCGCGGGGCCGCCCGCGCCGCGCCCCCCGCCUGCUACCCCGGCCUGCGCCUCAACACCGGCCAGAAGGUGGUGCGCUUCGGGGACGAGGACAUAACUUGGCAAGAUGAACAUUCAGCCCCUUUCUCUUGGGAAACCAAGAGUCAAAUGGAGUUCAGUGUUGCAUCUCUGUCUAUACAAGAACAAGGUUCACAAAAUGAACAGAGGCAACUAGUCAAAGCAGCUCCCGGUGUCCAGGCCCCCAAAUCUUCUCAGGGUAAUAAGGCACCUAGCUCCGAUGGGCUAAUACCACCCAGGAAGGAAGAAGAGUCAUCUUUCUGGAAGAUAAAUGCAGAGCGCUCAAAGGUUGAAGGUGAACAGUCUGAGUUCCAGUCCUUAACCCCCAGCCAGAUCAAAUCUAUGGAGAAAGGAGAGAAGUCCCUUCCAACAUAUUACAGGCAAGAGUCUGCUCCAAAAGAGACAACUAAAGCUGAGAAGUCCAGCAUAGCUAAACAAGAAAAUUUUGUCACCCCAAGCCUUCCUGCCACAUCCCUAGAAUGGGAGAAACCUCGACCCAGUCAGCCCUCUACUAGCACUCCAGAUGACAUCUUUCUUCCUGAGCAACCGGAACAACUGGCAUCUGCAGGGUCAAAAAAUGAAGAUGCCGAUGGCACGAUGCUUUCAGACCCACAGACAUUUGGACAGAUUAAUACAAGCAAUGUUAUCUUGAAGACUGGCUUUGAUUUUCUAGACAACUGGUAAAGAUACUCCAAAAUAGUUCAGAUCAAUUUUUGGAAAGAAAAAGGGGCAUCUUUCUCUUUGUAUGUUAAGUUACUAGCAUCUGUGUUUUUAAAAAAAAGUUUCAAACUCAGUGUUGACUUUGUAUAAACAUUUUUAUAAGACCAGAUGCAAUUUUGUAUUUUAAAAUGAUUCAGUGAUAGAAGUGUGGUCUCAUUUUGGAUUUUUUAAAUGUCUGUUACAAGUUGAAUAGUUAUUGUAUUGGGGGGGAAUAAUUUUCUACCAAUUUGUGUGUUAGGGACCAAAAUAAAAAAACCCUAAUCAAAACCUCCUAUAUUUAAAAGAGUGAAUCUACGAAGAACAGGUUUCUAUUUUCAGUAGCAACCUAGCAAGCAUGGCUCAAACAAUUCCAUAGGUCACUACAAAAAUCAAGAUGUGGUAUUACUCUAAAUAAGCUACCAAAACAACAGUCAUGCCUCCUUCAGGUAACUGUAUAAUGAAAAAAGGCAUGGAAAAAUAAGCAUAUUAAACAUUGUAUUAACUUUGUAUAUUUUAUAUUUAGUUUGUCAGUAAUUUUUCUACCACUAGUUUUUGAGAAGGGGGAAGGGUUUUGCCACAAGAAUUGAUCUAAAAUAGCACUGCAGCUGUACUCGAGAGGUGGAAUAAAGUCUGUUUUGGGGCAAAUAUUUGUAAAAAACAGGAAUAUUACUUGGUUUGGGUUACAGAGUGAGAAAAAAAAAUCUUCAGGGAAAUGCAAACCUACAAAGGUCACUGCUUCCCUUGGUACGAUACAUAACUCCUGCUAGCAGAAAUGUUGGUAUCUCCUGGAGUAGACACUCCCACCUAAGUUUGUUCAGUAAACUGAUAUAAUUUGUGGCAAAGCCGAACAAUAAGGCUCUUUGUACUCUUUUUAAAGUAGCCAUUCCUCUUGAGGACAAAUCAGUCUAGUUUCUGGUGCUCUUUCCUGUUGUGGAUACAUACGUUCUCUGUGAUGUCCAACAUCCAGAUGAUGUUUGCUCCUGAGAUAGAAAUAGAAUUGGGGGCGGGGGAGAGUUGGGGCAUUUGGCAAGCUGGUUUCCCAUUCUAUUUUUGAAUGAUCCUCAUCUGGUGUUGAGUAUAGAAAACAGACUAUAGCUAUCAUUUGAACUGCCAUCUCUGAAAUGCAGCAUGAUUUACACACUGACUCUCACUGUGUUUACCUUGCCUUGAAGCCUUAAUUCCCCUUACGCACAACCAGUGAAUGGUCUCUCAGAUGCCCAAGGCUUACGACCUUUCACUUUUACCUCAGUAAGUGGUUCCCAGAAUGUUUGUUUGCGGUAGCUGGCAAAACCUGACUCAUUUUAUUUACUGAGUCCAUGCCAAAGCUAUAUCAAGGCUAAUUGAUGGGUAGUCUCUACCAGUUAGAUUAUAACUCCUUGAGGCCUCCCUUGGGCUGACAUUUGACAGUUUGUAAUCUUUAACAGUGGCAGUUAGACUGAAAUGUACUGGUUCUUUCUGGGGAAUGUUGUCCUGUAUGAUCUAAGUGUUUAAAAAAAAAAAAUUCCAACUCUUCCAGUACCUAGUCUACAAAUUAAUACACUCCUGUAUUGCUUGCUUUGUAGACGGACAUAUGUUGGUAUCAACAGCAGUAAAAAGUUAUUCAGUACAACCUAAUGGAAGACUAAUUUCAAAAUCUAGCCUUGUUCAAAACAAAUACCCACUUCUAGUAAUAAAAUGAACUAAAGAUGAAACCUCAUUCAAUUUUGUUUAAGUAGUAAAUUGCCACACAUACUUAGGUUAAGUGUAUUUAGUAGCAUAGCCUUAUAAUAGUUCAGAAGUUUCUUUACUUUCUUUCAUUCCUCUCUGAUAUGUACCCUCACCCCCAAAAAAGCUAUACAAUGGGUCUUGUAUUAGUACUCUGCAGUUCCUUUUAUUUUUGCCAGAUUUCUAUGAUCCUGGAUUAUAUUUACAACUUUUGCUGUUCAGUUUAAUGUUUCUAAAUUACUCUUGUUGGAGCUAUUACACUCAUCUGGCAUUAAAAUUAUAACUUGAGCACAAAUUCUACAGAUGUAUAAAAUAGUGCAGAUUUGUACUUUUUUUUUUUUUUGUAGACUUAGUCCUUGGAAUUUUUUUUUAAACUGCUGAAUGACACUAACAUGCAUUUCACAGGUUUUAAUAGAACUUCAAGUCUAAGUGUUUUCUAUUCGUUGAAAUAUUUGGCUACACAAUAUAUGCUUUAAAUCCAAGCAGGAGGCAUAAACUUUAACUUUACUUCAAUAGUUGUAGCUCUUUAAGAAAUUUUCCACAAUGUUGGGAGGAGCAUUCUUAUACAUCUCUGCUAAAACGAUGAAAAAUGUAUAAUCUGCUUUGAUCUGUGCUCUUUCUUCCCCUCCUCCUUUGGUGGACUGCAUAUUGUACACUUUGGGACCAGCUGGUAAACAUACUGCAAAAAAUUUGCUCAUCCCAAUAGGUUUUUCCUUGCUAUGCUCUGAUGAGAGUUAGUGCUCCUCCCUUUCUUUGAUAUGUUUUUUUAUUAAAAAUUCUUACAGAAAAAUUGUACUUGGUCACAUUUUAUAUUAAUAAACCUUUAAUAAAUCCACUUUAAACAAUGUUUUUAUUGCUUGUUUUACUGUACCUUGCUGGCUCCUUACCUCCCCUCCAGCAGAAUAGAAGAAUAUAUUUGGUAACUAUAUAUUGUAUUGUAGGGGGAAGAUGACUUAGAAUUAGCAGACUUGAAAAAUUCUGAACUUUCAAAAUAUAGGUAUUUUAUCCUGCCAUCUUUCUGAUCAUUGUAUGUAUUUAAUACUACACAAAUGUAAUAAAAAAUUUAGAAAAAGCA